UCAUGAAUUCUCCGGCUGCAAACGCUCUGGUUUUCUUGGUUGCUUUUACUCUACUCACGUUGUCUGAAGUUUCAAGUUGUUCGUCAGGAUGGACUCUCAGUGGAAGUAGUUGCUAUCGCCGUUUCAAUACGAAGAAAACGUGGAAUAAUGCUGAAGCUGAUUGUGUCAAGAGAGGCGGACAUCUCGUAUCUAUCGGGUCAUUCAGUGAAAAUACUCUGGUGUAUGACAUAGAAGGAAGCAACAACAGGGAGAACGUUUGGAUUGGAAUAAACAAAGAUAGGUCAAGCAAAGUUUGGAGUGAUGGUACAAAUAUUUCAUACAAACUUUGGAAUAAAGAUCGGCGACGACGGCGACGCGACGACGACGACGACGACGACGAAUGCGUAAGAAUGCGUCGUAAAAACGGUAAAUGGGACUAUAAGGAGUGUGAUGAUGAUGAUGAUGAGUAUUACUACGUUUGUGAAACAUCAGCCCCGACUACCAACCCUUCUACUACUAUUGUAUCUUCAGUGCAAAUAUCUACCGCACCGUCAACCACUGUUGCAGCCACUACGUAUCGUUCUACAACCAGAAAUCCCACCACGUCUGCCUCAAUUACAACGCAAUCGACGUCAGUAGCAACGACUGUUGUAUCACCGACUACUGCUGAAGGCAGCACACAGUUAGUGUUUACUACAGUUUCUAAGUCUGAAUCAAGCACAACACAAGCUACUACGUCAGUACCAACAACUGAACCACAACCAACCACUGAUGAAGCCAGUACACAACUGCCUACCACAACUACUAUGUCUGCCUCACUUUUAACGCAAUCCAGUUCAACAUCAAAACCUAUUUUAUUGUCAAAAGGUAUCACACAAUUGCCUACCACCACUUUUUCGUCUGCGUCAAUUGCAACGCGAUCUACAUCACUUGGCACAACUGUUUCACGUCCCAACACUAUUGAAGUCAGCACACAACUGCCCACCACAACUAUGUCUGCGUCAUCCAGAAAGACUACAAGAGCAACAACCCGUAUGUCAAGAACAACGACUGCUCGCGCUAAUGACGCUCUUUCUACACCGAUUCGUUCAACACCUUCGUUGCCUGUCUUGCCUCGUGGUUUUACAAAGGCUGUGGUCACGAAACGUAAAUUCGAGUCACAAAUACACACAACACAAAUUUCUAGGGCCACCAAUUCCUUCCAGUCAACGUCAACAAAAACUCGUGAAACAACGACGCAACCGACUGCAAAUCUAAACGUGAAUAUAAUAGCAAAUGAAGCAAAAUCGAGUUCUUCAAACACCACAAUAUACGCAGCAGUUGGUGCUGCAAUUGGAGUUAUUGUUUUAAUCGUGUCUGUAAUUUCUGUCUUUGUUUUCUGGAGAAGAAGAGCAGGAAAGUCGGAUGCUAAAACAAUUCGAUCACAUGAACAUGUGGCAGACAAAUCAUAUGAAAACGGUGUUGUAGUUAAUUCUACAAUUUCAAGGGUUUUCUUCACUAAAAGUUGGUGGGCAAAUGACGUGGAACUUACAGCAAUUUCAUUAAAUAGGAAACAUAAAGAGAGCAACGCGUCAAAUACAAUGGAUGUAAAGACAUCAGACGAUAUGCAGUUGAAUCCACUGUAUAGUACCAAUGCUUUGCGAAAUCUGAUGACUGAAAAUUUUUCAAUGGCUGCGUCUCGUAAAGAUUCGAGAUCUGGCAAGAUUAUUACACUCUAUCAAUCAGCAGAUCUGUUAGAGAGACCGACGGCACGUGAGUCAGAGAACGUCAUUUACAACAUGUGACGUGCAUGCUGCAUGGGGUAGCAACUAGCAGUUACAUGUGUUACGAUUUUUACAUCACUGUGUUAGCAAUGCCGUAAUAUAA